AUGGGAAAGAAGCUCAAUUACCCUUUAGGAACAUUUAUCGAUGCAUUAAUACUUGUCAAGGAUAACAUUGAAACAGUUCAACAAGUACAAGAGGAACGUUCCAAAAGGAUUGAGAAAGCUUCUACCUUUAAGGAAGGAGAUUUAGUAAUAUUAUAUGGUGUUGUCAAACAAAAUGUCCAUGGUGAUAAAUUUACUCAACGAUGGACAGGACCCUAUUAUAUCCAUAGAAAAAUUGGUGACAAAACUGUAAUACUCAGAGAUAAAAUAGAUCCUGAUAAAUUAA